AUGGCUACCGAUGCACCACCUAUGCCUCAGGAUCUUUUGUCAGCAGCCUUGAGUGAAUCAGGAAUUGGAGAUUUGGCAAGUUUUGAUGAAACCAAUGAUUCUUUCCUCACAAAUGAGACAUUCACAGACUCUCAACCAACUGCUAUAACAUCAUCAACCACUGCAAAUGGCUUCAUUAGUGUUACCCCAAACAAUGUAUACACCCCCGUCGCCACACAACCAUCUGUUACAGUGCAACAUCAGCAGCAGCAACCAAAGGUUAUUGCAUCAAACCAGAUCCGACCACGUGUAGUCUUGCAACCAACCAAUCACAGCCUUAGCAAUACAAAUUCUCCUGUAAUUCGUGUGGUCAAAUCAUCUGGUGGUAGUAGCCAGCUGCUUCACAUUACUGGUCCCAACAACUCUUACCUCCAGAAUGCAGGACUUGGUCAACCUGGCAGCAAAAUCAUCUCACUCACUCCCAAAAAUGUUGGUUCACAAAGUGGCCUCCCCACUUCCUUUGCGGGUCAAAAAAUCUACAUUAGUACCACAAGUAGCACUGGUCGUAGCAGUCCUCUGCUGACAGAGGUCAAUGCAGGCAAAUCACUGCAGCUUCUCAGCCAGCUGGGACUAUCUGGCAGCAAUAUAAAAGUGAACACCAUAACCUCCGGCAAAUUAAAGCCAACAGUUGUUCCAAACAUAGUGAAAAAUGUUUCUCAGACAACUUUGGCUGGCAACUCGCCGCAGGUAACUAGUAUCAUCAAAACCAAGGUGGCUAACAUUAAAACAAACCAUGUGAACAAUGUCCUGUCUACCACACUGGCAAAUGGCACAGGGUUUCGUGGGCCUAUCACAAACAAAGACUUGUCCCGAUUAUGGUCUCAAGAAGAUGUAAAGUUGAAAACCAUCAAUUCAUACACAGCUCCAGGCAUCAGUAUACCCCACCGUGUACAUCACCAUCACAUACCUGAAGAUGAAGAGGAGGUAGAAGAAGAGAUUGAAGAACUUGGGCAAGCUGAAACAUAUUCUGAAUAUAUGCCCACAAAAUUGCGCAUUGGAGAAAAACAUCCUGAUGCUGUUGUAGAAUCAAGUUCAUUAUCAAGUGUGGAACCACCAAAUGUUAGAUACACUUUGAAUUUGCCUGAAGGUACCAUUGACUCAGGCCAACUCUCAGCCUUGCAGUUGGAAUCCAUCACAUAUGCAUGUCAGCGUCAUGAUACCAUCAUGCCAAGUGGUGAAAGGGCUGGAUUCCUUAUUGGGGAUGGUGCUGGUGUGGGAAAGGGCCGAACGGUAGCUGGUAUCAUUUUUGAGAAUUACCUACAGGGACGAAAACGGGCCUUAUGGUUCAGUGUUUCUAAUGACUUGAAAGUUGAUGCUGAGCGAGAUCUCAAAGAUAUUGGGGCAGGGAAAAUAGAGGUCCAUGCCUUGAAUAAACACCUCUCUCUCUCUCUCUCUCUCUCUCUCUCAAUCCACUCCAGCACCUCUCUCUCUCCACUCAAUCCACUCCAGCACCUCUCUCUCUCCAAUCCAAUCCACUCCAGCACCUCUCUCUCUCUCUCUCUCAAUCCACUCCAGCACCUCUCUCUCUCAAUCCACUCCAGCACCUCUCUCUCUCAAUCCACUCCAGCACCUCUCUCUCUCAAUCCACUCCAGCACCUCUCUCUCUCAAUCCACUCCAGCACCUCUCUCUCUCUCUCUCUCUUUUAUUUUCCUUCUUCAUGUAAUACUAAUGAUAUUAUUAAACCAACUAAAACAGGACAGACUGUAUUGGAAUUACAGAACAAAUUACCCAAAGCCAGAGUUAUCUAUGCUAGUGCCACAGGUGCAUCUGAACCCAAAAACAUGGCUUAUAUGACUAGGCUUGGUUUAUGGGGACAAGGAACUCCAUUCAAAGAAUUCAGUGAUUUCAUUCAAGCAGUGGAAAGACGUGGUGUUGGUGCGAUGGAACUAGUAGCUAUGGAUAUGAAACUCCGAGGGAUGUACAUAGCAAGACAGUUGAGCUUUGGAGGAACUUCUUUCCGAAUUGAAGAAAUUAAUCUCCCUCCAAACUUUGUAGAAACCUACAACAAAUCUGUCAAAGUGUGGGUUCGUGCUCGAGAAUUGUUCCAAAAUGCUGCCGAUCUCAUUGGAGCUGAACAGCGGAUGAAAAAAUCAAUGUGGGGUCAAUUUUGGUCUGCCCAUCAACGUUUUUUCAAAUACCUUUGUAUAUCAGCUAAAGUUGCACACUGUGUGAAACUUACAAGAGAAGCUGUCAAAAAUGGAAAGUGUGUUGUCAUUGGCCUGCAAUCAACUGGUGAGGCUCGAACACUGGAACAAUUAGAGGAACAUGGAGGAGAGUUAAAUGAUUUUGUAUCUACUGCUAAAGGUGUCUUCCAGACAUUAGUUGAAAAGCAUUUUCCAGCACCUGACCGGCGGAAGACUUUGGAUUUCCUAAAUCUUGGCAAUGAUAAUUUUUCCAACGAGGAUUCCUCUUGGAACAGUGGAGCAAAGCGAAAGAAAGGGAAUUUUCAAGAUGGUAAUGCCAAACGGAUAAAAUGUGAAAAGUCUGAUUCUACUUCUGACUCUGACAGUAGCGACUCGAGUCUCAGUCCCUCUGAAUCUUCAGAUUCUGAUUCUGAUGACUUCAAUCCUUUUGGAUCAGGAUCAGACAGUGAUGAUGAUCCAUGGCUGAAAAAAUCCAAGGCCAGAUCAAAAAUUAAAGAAAAGAAGAAAAAGAAAAAAAAAAAGAAGGACAGCGAUAAGGAUGUGGAUGCUCAGUUUGAUAAAGCAUUGGCUGCUAUUGGCUUACUCAAGAAAAAUAACUCUUUGGCUUCUGCUGACAAUGAUUCUUUUAGCAAUACAAGCAUGGACAGUAUCGACCAAGCAAUUGCAAUGAAGCGGGAACUACUUGAAAGCAUUGAGAAACUCUCUGACAUUCUUCCCCCAAACACUUUGGACCAUUUAAUUGAUGAACUUGGAGGACCAGAAAAUGUUGCAGAGAUGACUGGACGCAAAGGCAGAGUUGUGUCAAAUGAAGAUGGUGGUGUCAGUUAUGAGUCUAGGAGUGAACUUGAUGUUCCUCUUGAAAUACUUAAUCUGACAGAAAAGCAACGCUUUAUGGAUGGUGAGAAAAAUAUUGCUAUCAUCUCUGAAGCUGCCAGCUCUGGAAUUUCACUUCAAGCUGACAGACGAGCACGUAAUCAGAAGCGGCGUGUUCAUAUAACAUUAGAAUUACCAUGGAGUGCAGACAGAGCUAUCCAACAAUUUGGACGCACCCAUCGAUCAAAUCAAGUGAGUGCACCAGAAUACAUUUUCCUCAUAUCUGAAUUGGCAGGAGAAAGAAGGUUUGCUUCCACAGUAGCCAAAAGGCUGGAAAGUUUGGGAGCCUUGACACAUGGUGACCGAAGGGCAACUGAAACCCGAGAUUUAAGUAGAUUUAAUUUUGAUAACAAAUAUGGUAGGGCUGCUCUAGAGAGUGUUAUGAAAUCUGUUUUGCGCUACGAAACCCCACUUGUUUCCCCGCCAACUGAAUAUUCUGGAGAUUUCUUUGAAGAUAUCAAAACCUCUCUUAUUGGCGUUGGACUCAUUAGUCUUGAUGAACGAGUCGGAACACCUUACUUGGAGAAAGAAUAUAACAACAUCAGCAAGUUCCUGAACCGAAUUCUUGGUAUGCCUGUAGAGCAACAAAAUGCCUUAUUUAAAUAUUUCCUGGAAACCUUAACAGCUAUAAUAUUGGAUGCAAAACGGAAUGGUCGAUGGGAUAUGGGAAUUAUGGAUCUGGGAUCGGGAGGAGAAAGUGUUAAAAAACUUGAAACUAAAAUAUUUGUAGGCAAUACUGAUCUUAACAAAGCUCGCACAGAAUUACACACUGUGAGUGUUGAGAGAGGUUUGUCUUGGAACCAAGCCAUUGACAUUUGGAAAGAUUGUAAAGGACAAGAUGAUGGCUUCUAUCUUUCAGCACAGAUGCGAAAUGGUAAAAAGACUGCGGUGCUAGCUGUUCAUCCUCCAACAAUGAAAAAGAAGGAACGACACUUCCAUGUUUACCGUCCAAACACAGGUUUACAACCCCGUUCAGAAUCGCCAGCUGAACUAAAGAAAAAAUUUCAUAAGGGUAGAGUCCUUUGCAAAGAUAAUUUCUCAGUUAAAGGUUCCACUCUCAGAACAACAAAUAAUUGGGGUGGGGUCAACUAA